AGACCAAAAAAGACAACAGAAGCUGUGACGGUUGAUAAUGCAAAACAAAACAAGAAAGAACAAUAAAGUUCUCUUUUUAGCUUUCACUCCGUUCAAAAGUUUCAGAGCCCAAAAGAGAACCCCUUUCUUUCUUUCCUUCUUUCUUUCCUUCUUUCUUCUAUCCCUUUGUUUACCUGUCUGUCUCUGUACUUUUGAAAUCUUAGCUGCAUAGAUACAUACAUAUACAUAGGUAGUGUUUAGAUCCGUCUCUUUGUAAAAGGGUUUUUGUUUUUCCUUUGUUACAACAUACUUCUUAUUCCUUAACUUCAUGGGGUCCAUCAAGAUUUCAUCCGGGUCAUCGUUGUUUUCUCCUCUUAUGCCUUCUUUUUCUUGAUACAUAAAUUAGUUUUAUCAUACUCUAAAGUUUCUUCUUUCCUUGAAUAAAAACAGGGCUUUUAUUUUGUUUUUCAAAUUCUUUGUUUUGUAUUGAUGUUGAGAGAUGCCAUCGGAUAGGUCCGAUUCUGCUUUCCCGAUAACUCAGAGAAGUCAGUCUUUGGAUACUCGAGGCAAUCACAGAAUACAAGCUGAACUUAAACGCCUUGAGCAAGAAGCUAGAUUCUUAGAGGAAGAGCUGGAAGAACUUGACAAAAUGGCGAAGGCCUCAACAGCAUGCGAGGAAAUGCUAAGUAACGUGGAGGCUAGACCGGAUCCUCUACUUCCAGUAACAACUGGUCCCUUAAAUCCUUUCUGGGAUCGGUGGUUUGAGGGACCUCAGGAGUCAAAAGGUUGCAGAUGCUGGAUUCUGUGAUGAUUUUAAGCUGAUUUCAUGCCCUUUAUCAUUCAUACCCCUGAUUUCAAGCUAUUAUUCCUAUAAUCAUUCAUUCGCAAAGGCUUCGGAUUACUUGUUAUAGAUUUAUAUCUAUACUUUGUUCUUGAUAAACAUUUAAUUGAAGGCUUCAUUGUGCAGAUGAUUACAAUUUUUUGAAGCUCAUUCGUCAUUGGCAUGCGUUCAAUGUAUUGUUUCAGUGUAGAAGGCAAUUUUAUAGCAUCUCUCUUUCUGAACAUGAUAAUUUUUUCAGGCAAAUCAAAAUGAAGAGUGUACAAAUUUUGAACAAAGGGUAGCUCGUACAAUAAGUGUACAAUAAGAUCCUUCUCUUUCCAUAUCA